AUGUUGUCCUGCAUCAAGAGCAUCGUCGUGCUCUACAACUUUCUCUUCUGGUUGCUAGGGGUGCUUAUCCUCGGCUUCAGCGCCUACCUCUGGUGGGACUCUGCCAGCUACCUGGACCUGAAUGAGCUGAGCGAAGUCUACGUGACGCCCUUCAUUGUGCUGCUAGUGCUGGGCGUCAUCAUGACCGUCGUCGGCUUCCUCGGCUGCUGUGGCGCCAUUCGUGAGUCACGCUGCCUGCUCAGCAUGUACUUUCUCUUCUGCAUGAGCAUGUGCAUCGCCUGUGGAGCGCUCUUCUUCUGGGUCAUUCAAAAUGAAGAAGUG